AUGGUCGCCUGGAUCAGGAGACCACCCACGGUGGAUGGGGGAUUCUUGGAAAGUUACCCGCCAGGCGGUUACGCACCACAACCAGGAUUUGUUGUACCACCUGGCGGUGGCAGUGGUUAUGGCGCCUACGAUGAUCCUGAAGGACAAUCAAAGAAUUUUUCUUUCGAUGAUAUAAGCAUACGCAAAUGGUUCAUACGCAAGGUCUACGUGAUACUUAUGGGUCAACUAGUGGUCACUUUUGGUUUUGUGGCGCUAUUCGUUUUCCAUCUACCCACCAAAUAUUUCACCUAUAGAAACCCGGCUCUAUUUUGGGUUGCAUUAGUAGUUUUGCUUGUAACAAUGAUAUGCAUGGCCUGUCUUGCUUUAGCGCUAUUUGCCACGCAAACCAUGUGCGGUGGUGUAUUAGUGGUUGCAAUAGUAGUAUUCCUCGUUUUCGGUAUUGCAGCUAUAUUCAUCAAAGGAAAAAUAAUAACUUUGGUUUAUGCCUCCAUCGGUGCAUUGCUCUUCUCUAUUUACCUUAUUUACGACACUCAACUAAUGAUGGGCGGCGACCAUAAGUAUUCCAUCAGUCCAGAAAAAUAUAUUUUCACAGCACUCAACCUAUACUUGGAUAUUAUAAACAUCUUCAUGUACAUUUUGACAAUGAUAGGAGCGUCUAGGGACUAG